AUGGAUUCAACGAACAAUUCUUUGAGUUCGAGCUCUCUUACGUUUGGGGAGCGAAUCUGUGCUGCGUUCAUACCGUUUAUCGCGAUAAUUGAAGCUUUGAUCUACUUUGUCUCCGGUUGUUUUGAUUGCCAACACCCAAAUAAAUUGAAAUACGAACACAAGGAUCUCGUUCGACUCGCCCGUGAAUCUCGAUUUAGUGUGAACGAAGUGGAGGCAUUGUAUGAGCUGUUUAAGAAAUUGAGUAGCUCAAUUGUUGACGAUGGAUUAAUACACAAGGAGGAGCUUCAGUUAGCACUGUUCAGAACUCCACAUGGUGAGAGCCUUUUUCUGGACCGAUUUUUUCUUGUAACCAGCUACUUUAUUAUUGGAAUCUGCGACACUCUAACAGUGUUAUGUAGGUCUGGAUCCUGCUUUGGCCUUCUGAGAUUUUUCAUCACAAUUCCAGCAAAGCCAGAAGCUGAUCUCAAAUUCACUUCUGCUCAAGUCAACUGUUGCAUUGGUAAAGCCUUAGGUAGAGGUCAUGUGGAGCUGGUUUGA